AAACGGCCAGCCCAAAAUCUAAUCAGGUACUAGCGGGCUACAACUUAGGAUCCAGCUCUAUAGGUAACAUCCCAGAAUCCAGCUCUACACGUAACAACCCAGAAUCCAGCCUUGCACCUAUACGGAAGGGCGCGGCGUGCCGCCCCGAACACUAGUGUUGUUUUACUGUCUUCCUCUUUUUUACAAUCGACCACCCUUUACACUCCAACGAGCCCACUUGUAAGCAACCACAUUGGCUGCAUAUGAUCAGCCCACAGAGCGCUCUUGGAUAUGUAGGAAAGUAGAGGUUACAACUCAACAUUAUACUUAGGUAUUUCUCUUCUUACCACAUCCAUUCCAGGGCUCUUCAAACAACUCAUCAUCACUCGCCCACUCCGCACUGAGCUCCUCAAUCCCGCCUCACGAACACAAUGGACAGCGAACCGGCCGUUAUCGAGACGGCCCCCGUCACCGACCUCGUUCUAGUCGUCGGGCCGAGCAAGGAGCGCAUCCCCGUCGAGUUGGCCAUCCUCAAAGCCGCCUCACCCGUCUUCGCCUCGAUGUUCUCCCCACCCUGGCUGGAAAGCAAAAGCAAGGAGAUCCCCCUCCCUGAAGACGACCCAGACGCAAUGCGUUUCAUCACCCUCACCCUUUCGUACCACAACGAGCACGAAUUGGUGACCAGACCGCAGACGCCCCAGGAGAUCUUACAGAUUGCUAUUGCAGUGGACAAGUACGACCUGCGUACCGCACUCAAGUUCGUCCUGGAAUUUUUGUUUAGAGAGGCGAGUAAGACAUGCUCAGUUGCCAAAAACGAGGACGGAAGUCAGACGGCGAUGGCGGGGAAGGACAUCGUCUAUCUAUGCGCCGCGGCCUAUGUGCUCAACCGGUGCGACUAUUUCAGCAAUUUCGGUUUGCAUCUGAUGUGCCAAUAUGCAAGCCGUAUCAGUACGCUCAUGGAUGAUGAGCUGAUCAGCAGCAUAUUACCUGCAAAGUUCUUUAUCAUCCUCGGGGAAGCUCUCGCAUCUAUUAAGCUGGGUCUAUCCCGCGCCGUUCACGAGUGUCUCAAGACGAACAGUCCCUAUCGUCGCUGUCAGUGUGCUAGCGCUAAGUCAAUUAUCCAGCGCUUAGAGCAGUUUACAGUUACCUACAACAAGGCUAAAAAUGGGUCCGUUCUCCUUCAGGAAAUGAAGACCAUGCAGAAAAUCCUGGAUGAAGACGAACCUUUUCUCAGAGGAAUUUGUCACGGGUGUAAUAGACCACACAUUUACAGCUUUGGAGCCUAUGACUCGCUCAGUCCCAAGGUGCGAACUGCGUACGAGGAGCUCGACAUCCUAUGCGUCCGCGAACUAAAGAACAAGGAUGCUUGCGACGCAGAGCAUGCAAGGCUGACUGUCGCUGGACCUAUGAAUUGAGGCUACCGCAAAUGAUACGGCUGUGGGUGGAGAUGGAUGGUGGAUCGAAAAUGCAGCGGCUUGGAGUCAACGUUGAGGGAAUUCUGGGAAUGAUCGUUGGAUAGGUAUGUUUGGCGGGAGGCUAACCGACUUUUCAUAUACUGUCAAUCGAUCAUAUUCGAUAAGUGGUCUUGUUCCUGGACAGAACAGUUGAGACCUUUGACAUUACACCUUGGGUAGCUUACUACUACGCGUCCAAGCGUCUUUGUACCACCUCUGAUCAUGAGUUCAAGGCAAUUUUGAAUAGAAAUAUCCAGAUGGGACUCUAGCCGAUGCCUUUUCAAAUUAUUGUAAUCCCUAUCACAGUCUUGC